AUGGUAGAUCAUAACGAAAAAUUGUUACAGGAGUUACAAAAGAAAAGUGGUAAUAAUGUGUGUGCCGAUUGUGGAAGCGAGGACCCAGACUGGGCCUCCUACAACUUGGGCAUAUUUAUCUGUAUGCGGUGUGCCAGCAUCCAUCGCAGUAUGGGAGCGCAUAUCAGCAAAGUGAAACAUCUGGAGCUGGAUCGCUGGGAGGAUUCUCAGGUCCAACGUAUGAAGGAGGUCGGAAAUGUAGCAGCAAAGAACAAAUACGAAGAGCGUGUACCUCCGUGUUACAGAAGACCUACCAAAAACGAUCCACAAGUACUAAUCGAACAAUGGAUCCGUGCGAAAUACGAGAGGGAGGAGUUUUGCCAUCCAGAGCGUCAGAGCUAUCUGUCUGGUUCCAUGGAGGGUUUCCUGAUGAAGAGAGGGAAAGAAGACAGCCGCUAUCAGCGCAGGAAGUUUGUUUUAAACGAAAACGAGGACACGUUGAAGUACCACGUGAAGGAGAACAAAGAACCUAAAGGCGUGCUCAGACUAUCGGAGUUGAACGUCGCGUUUGCUCCGGCCAAAAUAGGGCACAUGAACUCAAUGCAGCUGACCUUCAUGAAGGAUGGCUCAACGCGUCACAUCUACGUAUAUCAUGAAGAUCCGGAAGUCAUUAACUGCUGGUACAUGGCGAUCCGUUGCGCCAAACUACAUCUACUCCAAGUGGCGUUCCCCUCGACUCCUCAAUCAGACCUCAUCCUCCGCCUUCCGAAAGACUUCGCACGUGAAGGCUGGCUGUGGAAAACAGGUCCGAGGUCCUCAGACGCACACCGUCGACGCUGGUUCACGUUGGAUAAUAGAAAGCUGAUGUACCACGAUGAACCACUCGACGCUUACCCCAAAGGAGAGAUAUUUAUCGGUCACGAAUCGAACGGCUACUGCAUCAAAGUAUCGAACACGGGGAACGGUUGUAAGGAUGCGCGGUUUUCUUUCCACGUGGUGACUCCAGAGCGAACUUACUGCCUCGCUGCUACUACUCACGAAGACCGAGCCGGUUGGCUCGCCGUCAUACAGCAGACUAUCAAGCGUCCGCUCACGCCACAGGACUCCACCAUUGAAGCAACCCUCGUCCGUAAAAGAACAUCAUCUAACUCCAUCAGCAUAUUUUCGGGAAGGUAG